GGUCUUCAUGCACUCAUAAAAAUGCCGAAAAUAUUUGAUGAGAACAUGAAAUUUGAUAAUAUCUUUUGGAUUGCCACAACAGCAAUGCGUCUGAACCGAUCCCAUCCUUACAUCCCGCGAGAUAAGAAGUGGCGCACUCAAUUUACUGCUAUAUUAAUUUUAUCCUUUUCCUGUUGUGCGUUCAUGAUUUAUUCAAUAUUUUUACACGACAUACCGUGUGGUGCAUAUGCUGAUGCUUGCAAAAGUGCAGUAAUGACAAUAGUAGCUUUCACGAUUACGUACAAGUACUUGAUUAUGUUGCGAUAUCAGGAGUCUAUUACCGAUCUGAUUCGCAUUGUGGAUGAGGAUUACGAACUGGCCAAGGGAUUUUGUGAAGAAGAGCAACGUAUCGUUUAUAAGUACUCUAAGAGAGGGGUAAAAGUUACCCAGUAUUGGUUCUUUUCAGCUUGUUCGACGAGCGUUAUUUUCCCGGUCAAAGCAUUUGUGCUUAUGGGAAAGUCUUAUUUAGCAGGUGAAUUCCAACUAGUGCCGUUGUUCGAAAUGACAUACCCUUGGAUUCUGAAUGAUUAUAAAAAUGUACAUGUCGUUUUCGUAAUGCUAUUCAGUUUAACACUCUUCUUUGAUAUUUAUGCGACUUCAAUGUAUGUAGGAUUCGAUCCGAUCGUCCCGAUAUUUAUGCUUCAUUUGUGUGGGCAAUUGGAUAUCCUUAACCUGCGCAUAUCAAAAUUGUUCUCCAAUACAGAGGACUCCGCUGAAACUAUGCGAGAAAACUUAAGAAGAAUUAUUUUACAACUUCAAGAUAUUUACAAAUUCAUUGAUAUUAUUAAAACCAACUUCACAGUGUUGUACGAAUUUAUGAUGAAAACUACAACUUUUCUGCUUCCUCUGACUGCGUUUCAAAUAACUGAGUCUCUUCGAAACGGAGAAAUUAAUAUAGAAUUCAUUGGAUUCUUUAGUGCCGUGAUAUUACAUUUCUACAUACCUUGUUAUUACAGCGAUCUCUUAAUGGAGACGGGCGAAAACUUCCGUCUGGCGAUAUAUUCUUGCGGCUGGGAGAAGCAAUCGGAUAAGCGCGUGAUGCGCACCAUCCUGUUCAUGUUGACACGCGCCCUUAAGCCGAUCGUCAUCAGCACCGUCUUCUGCGCCAUCUGUCUCGACACCUUUGCCCAGAUGAGCCGAGAAGCGUACUCUAUAUUUAAUCUCAUGAACGCAGCUUGGACUUAGGCUGAAGCUUUAACGAAAUUAGUAUAAAUCCACGCUUCUGUAGUU